AUGAUUGGUUCAGACAUGUGGAGGAGACCUGGGAAGCCGCCCAUGGUCACCUCCAGCAGGCCGCGCUGCGCCAAAAGACCACCGCACCCUCAUCACCCAGCCCUCAGCCCCCAGCAAUCAUCACCAAGCCCUCCUCACCCAGCCCUCAGCCCUCUCCCUCUAAGCCCUCAGCCCCCAGCAAUCAUCACCCAACCCUCAUCACCCAGCCCUCAUCACCCAGCCCUCAUCACCCAGCCCUUAGCCUCCAGCCCUCAUCACCCAGCCCUCAGCCCCCAGCAAUCAUCACCCAAACCUCAUCACCCAGCCUUCAUCACCCAGCCCUCAUCACCCAGCCCUCAGCCCCCAGCAAUCAUCACCCAACCCUCAUCACCCAGCCCUCAUAACCCAGCCCUUAGCCCCCAGCCCUCAUCACCCAGCCCUCAUAACCCAGCCCUUAGCCACCAGCCCUCAUCACCCAGCCCUCAGCCCCCAGCCCUCAGCCCUCUCCCUCUCAGCCAUCAGCCAUCAUCAAUAGCCCCUGAUCUCCCAAGCCCUCAGCCACCAACUCCCAGCAGUAAUCCCAACAGUGAACCCAGACCUCAGCCUCCCAGCAGUAAUCCCAACAGUAAAACCAGUCCUCAGCCUCCCAGCAGUAAUCCCACCAGUAAAACCAGUCCUCAGCCUCCCAGCAGUAAUCCCACCAGUAAAACCAGUCCCCAGCCUCCCAGCAGUAAUCCCACCAGUAAAACCAGUCCUCAGCCUCCCAGCAGUAAUCCCAACAGUUAA